CACCAAAUGGACUUCAUCAAGUUGCUAGAGUGCGCGUUACUCAUGCGAGCAUGGUAUACAUCGCCUCCUGGCAAGAGUAUCAGGAAGCAGCUGAAAAUCUCUAUACAAAGUCUCCCAAUAAAGCUCGAUACUGUGUGAAGUGGAGAUCAUCAGAGGGCAAGCUCGUCCUGAAGAUUACAGAUGACACAACAUGCAUAAAGUUCAAAACUUACUCCUCAAUCUUCCUCAAUCGAUUCGAAGCUUUGAACCUAUCACUAAUGCAGAAAAUGCAGAAUAAACGCCCUACACCAAUCGUACACGCCCUGGGUGCUCCUGAUACCACUAAAGACGCAGACCAGACGCGCUCGUCGUCUCCAUUCGUUGCACAACCUGCGGGUCCUGCAGCUGGAGGUGUCAAGAAGAAGAAGCCAAAGAAGAAAAAGUAGGAACAACAUUGCUAUGCGACUUCUGUGGCUUUGUGGUAGCAUCAUCUCCUGGGGUGGAGCGAAUGUGAAUGUGCACAGUGAUUACCAGAGCGAGACCAACGUUUGUAGAUCCGAUUUGUCAAUGUGCCGUUAUUCGUUCGGACGACGGAAGUCCCAGUACCCGACCGAUCGUGAAUCGUUGAUCAUCGCUACAUUGUUCUAAUACAAGAGGCAAGCAUGUUGAGCCAUCCAUAUGGGAACGAUAG